GUAGUUCCAGUUCCAGUUCCAACGUACAAUCGAAGCAGUGUCGAAAUCAAUCGAGUGGGGAAAGUAGUUCGUGUGAUGCGCGACGUACACUAGCCUCCUCGGGCUAGCGUAGCUACCAGGCAACAGCGAAUUCGGAGUCGGGAAGCAGAGAAAUUGCGAAGUUCGAGUUGCGAAGUGGAAGAGUUGGAGUUGAGUGUGGUGGUGUGGGCAUCGUGAUCGAAGCAGAUUUUGAGUGGACGAGUUCUAGAUAUGAGUGCGGGGGCGAUCAGACGAUCAUGGAGACCUGCUGCUCGAAUUGUGUUGUGGCAGUUUGAGCAUGGUGCAGUUGGGCCUUCGGCUCGGCAAAUCACAACACUCUCCGGGCUGAGCCUGCCGAGGGCUGUCCAGGCUGAGGCAGCGAACCGAGUUAUUGGCUUGCCAUGGGCCGCCAGCAGAUUGGCCGCCAGCAGCACCAGGGGCUCUUUGACUUUACCUCACAUCAGGCUGGCUAGCAACUCGAGUGCUCUUCGCAGCGAAGAUGAGGACAAAGAUGAAAGCCUGGAAUUGGCCAAUAAAAACUCUGACAAAGGGGACCUGGUGCGGUCGAACUAUUGGGGCAUCACUCCGAAAGAAAAUCUACGUGAAGAUGGUACACCAUGGCCAUGGAACUGCUUCCGGCCUGCGCAGACGUACACACCUGACAUUACAAUUGAUCUGCUGAAGCAUCACAAACCAGAAAAUUGGGAGGAUAGACUUGCCUUCUGGUCGGUGAAGGCACUCAGGGUGCCAACGGACUUGUUCUUCAGGAAACGAUAUGGAUGUCGAGCCAUGAUGCUUGAGACGGUCGCAGCUGUUCCCGGUAUGGUGGGCGGAUUGUUACUGCAUCUACGAUCGCUUCGAAGAUUUGAGCACAGCGGUGGGUGGAUCAAGGCCUUGCUGGAGGAAGCAGAGAACGAGCGUAUGCAUUUGAUGACUUUCAUGGAGGUGGCUAAACCCAACUGGUAUGAGAGGGCUCUCGUGGUGGCGACCCAAGGAGUGUUUUUCAACGCCUAUUUUCUCUUCUAUCUGCUCGCCCCGCGUGUCGCCCAUCGCUUCACUGGGUACCUGGAGGAGGAGGCAAUUUAUUCCUACACCAGAUUCCUGGAGGAGAUAGAGAAGGGCAACAUUGAGAACGUUCCAGCUCCAGCCAUUGCCAUCGACUAUUGGAGGUUACCCAAGGAUGCCACCCUUAAAGAUGUCGUCACGGUUGUCCGUGCCGAUGAAGCUCAUCAUCGUGAUGUUAACCAUUACGCUUCGGACAUUCGCAAGGAGGGCAAGCAGCUACACGAAGCACCUGCGCCUGUCGACUAUCACUGACCAGGGAGGGAUGGAGUUGAAUUGAUGUGUUGAUUGAUAGUAACACAUUGGUGGAACAAAAAGUUUGGCAGUCACAAACUUUUUCAUAGAAAUUUUGUUAAGUUCUUGACGUGAGGGCCGAUGCAUCGUUAGAUUAGGCACAUCUGUAUAUAAGUAAAAACUUAUUCGAGAAGCUAGGAACAUUUCUUUAGACAGCAAGCUGAGGCGUUAUAGUACGACCCAUUACGUUCAUCUUAGGAUCAAAAUUUGUAAAACAAUACGACGAUUAAGGUUACAGCAAUAAACCAGGUGUGAUUGCCAAGAGAUCACCUUUGGCUUACGGAAGUUUCACGCCAAUCUAAUGAAUGGGGAUCCAUUCUGUUUACAUCGUUUGAUACAACGACCCCGUUGCGAGACUCGCUCUUUAAAGCGAAGCUGCAGGUGACGCUCUGCAGGUUGCUGUAAGUCUGAAGAAAUCGAUGCGCUUAUGAAUGAGCACGACCGACCAUCAGAGCUUUCUGGAAGAAGUGUUAGACGACUUUCGAGCUUUCCUCUGAACGCGGGAGGCCGUGAGAGUAGUUAGAAUCGGUAGCUGAGAACAUUAUGUGGGCAGACCAGCUCUGGAUCGCGUAGAGUGCAAGAAAAUGCUGAUGCAGUCUAAACCCGAGCAGGCGUCAGCGCUUCCUAUAUUUGUAGCUGCAGCAGCCGACGAAGUUUCUGUAUCUGUCAUCAUCAUGAGCAUCGAUCCACAGUACGGCAAAAGCGCAAGAUAUUUCCCGCUGUGAUGUGAUGUGCAACGGAGGGAAUCCAGACCGUCAUCUGUACCUUGCUUACUACACUACCAACGGAAGAGUCUACGGUCUCGGUGGCCCAUUUCUUCCAUCAUCCGGAAAGUGAGGUUCUGAAUUAAGUAUGGCUCAAGUUCAGUCCUGGCAAUCGCGUCUCUAUCAGAACCAUGGAAAGUCCAGCCUUUUUGAAGCAGUUCAUACCUGAGUUUACUUGACAGGGAAGCUCGCAACAAUACUAAAUUCACAGUUUUCAUAUCAACAAGAGCAUCGAAUCGACCAGAUGCAGUUUUGCCAUUUCUACCACGUGCGCAGAACCAAUAAAUCAUAAAUCCUUACGACUUUUGUUGACCGGUUCUAGCCGGUCGAACAAGUUUGCAGCAGGUGGUGUGAUCUGUUCUCAGGCUGCAUCCAUCGAACUCCUGGCGGCCACCAGGAGCAUGACAAUGAGGAGCAGGACGACGACCCACCGCCAGCGCAGUGAGAGCGGAGCCGGGUCUGAGAUCUUCAUCUUCAUCUUCAUGGGGAGGGAGCACCAGUUUCCGAACCCUCCAACUCUGACAUGUUGACAUGUCUCCACCUCAUCUCAAAGACAAGCGCAUGCAGAUCACCCAUGGCGAUCGUGCUUUCUAAGUGCAAGGUGGAUCGAGCAGCGCGCUUGCCUGCUCGCUAUCUCAUGCACACACUGACAUACAACUAGUGUUGGAGGCACAACAAAAUUCUUCCAGG